UUACCCAUCCUUUCAGAAUUGAGCUGUCUUAUCACAGAGGAAGCAUGGACAGAGACACAUGCAUUUUUUCAGACCUGAAGCAAAAGUGGUGCUUGAUUUUCUCCUCUCUCUUAAAGAUGAAAGCUUUAAAUACUUUUUAUCUGAUGGUGACAGUUGUAGUUCUCUACCAGGUCUUACACGGUUUUUAAGAGUCCCAUUUUCUCUUUAUCUUUUAAUUAUUUUUUUGAACUCACUUAUUUUCAUUUGACUCUCGCCCUCCUUAUACAAGUAGAUUAUCUCGUAUCUAAUCUCAAAGUAUCUCCAGAAAAAUAAACAACUUGCACUUAAUGGCCAUUUUGACAGGAAAUUACACACACACACACAAAGAGAACAUAAUGAGGACAGUUGUGCCAUUGUCCUUAGCUACAAUGAAAAGUAUGUAUGCUUAAGAUGUUAUUAAAAGGCUGUUUAUAAAAAAAUUAAUUAAAGGAUAAAGAAUUUAUUUUCAAGGUCAAAACACUGAACUACAAAUAUGUGUGUUGCAUUUACAUGAAGAACAAUGCUAGCUAAGUUUCCUUGCCAUUCAGUGAACAUUUCUACUAAAAAAUGUUUCUCUAUUACUCUUACUGCUACUAAUAUAACAAAAUGUAUUAAUAUAUUAUAAUGCAUAUUAAAAUACAUUACUGUUCUUGUAACCCUAAUGUGUUUGCUUCACCAUGUGUAAUGUUUCAGCUCUUCUGUUUCAGAGUGAUUAAGUCAAUGAAGAGAGAAGCACUUAGAACUAACAGCAGGUCACUCUCAGCAAUGUUUGAAAACACUGAUGCAACACUUCUCUCUGUAAUUCUGAGCCGCUGAUCAUUUUAGACCUGUAACCGGAUUCUGUGUUUCAGAGGUCACACUGUUCGUCCACCAUGUGUGCUUCUGUCUAUUUUUAACAUUCAGACAUGCUGCUGACAUUAGUACACUCAGCCUUAAAGUGACUAAGCUGAACACCAGCAAGGAGCUGUCCGCAUUGACACGGCCACAUGGGGGAGAAAAAGAUAAACAACAAGUCAUUUUCCUGUAUGAUGUUGAAUGCAGCUCACAGUGUGGUCAGAUUCACAUUUUGAUGUGAGGAAUCAUUUUCAGAUGAGAAUUCAAGCCCACGCCAUUCAUGCUGGUUUGUAGACAUGGUAAGACAAAAGACUCCAGCAUCCAAGUUGCACAUACACUGUGAGAGCUGCUACAGCCGGUGCUGCAGAGCUCCCAUUGAGAUCUCCGUGUCAUGCAUGAUCAUAAAGUGCCGCUUGCUCUGUGGCGCCACAUUUCACAUGUGCAAAGAGGAUGAACACAUGCUGCUGUGUCCUAACGAGAAGGUGCCCUGCCUCAAUGCCCACUACGGCUGCCCUUUCAUCAUGUGCCGUUCUGGGUUAACCAAGCACCUGGAAGUGUGUCCUGCUAGCGUGGUGUGCUGCUCAAUGGAGUGGAACCGCUGGCCCAUUGAAGAGGCUGAGCCUCCUGAGUUCUACCAGAACAUCUUAAAAGAGAAUUACACCCAGGAGCCACUGGACCUGUCCAUGGCUCUCCGGGACCAGAAGUAUCUCUUUCAGUCCCUUAAAAUGAAGGCUCUUUUUCCUGAGCUUGUCGAAAAGGCAGAGGAGGAACCUGGAGUCCAGGAACUGGAAGGAGCUGUUGGAGGGGUGUUGAAUGGUGUGGAGGAAGCCUCUACUUCUGAAGGUGCUGACUUAGUAGAUGCUGAAUUUCAGGAAAGGCCAUUAACCCAAGAAGAGAGAGAGGCAUUAGCAAGGGAUACUAAUGUCUCAGGUAUUGGAAAGUACCAUGCCUGGGAGAAAAUGUUCAGCAUGGAGCUAAGUGGUUGCAAGCACACCAUUAAAUCACUGGGUACAAACCCACCCUCCAAUGGUAAUGAGCUCAAACCCCAAACAAAUCCAAACAGGCUAGAGAUGUUACCGGAGGAAUUACACAACCACGCCAUGGAAUCCAGUAGACUUUUGGAAACACCACUUUUCAAUCCAUUCGAAAUGGAUGAGCGCAAAUUUUUGAUAGCAACAUCAUUGUUUGCUUGCGAUACUCGCCCAAAGAAGAAACUUAUAUAUGAGCAUCUGGAGCCCAUGAAGAUUAAAACAGUAAGGACGUUUAAGAUACCCACCAGCUUUAAUGCAAGACCAAGUUACAUUCGCAAUCCUGGUCGUUACAAAAGGGUUAGCAAAUCUGUCGACACGUCAGACCUGGGAAAUGACAUGAAUGAGACACCAAAAUGGGAUGAGGUUCAAGCAACCCUUUUGUGCUCUUUGGAAAAAGAACGAAGAGGACACCUGAUUGCAGAGGCCAGCUCUUCAGAUGCCCUCUUGAUGAGUGAGGGAACUCAGACUUAUGACUUUUACUCUGUUCCUUUCAAAGUAGAUGCCACUCUGGAAGACAUCACUGCAGAUAGGGAUUUGCAGCUUCAUGUCCAGAUUCAGACAGAGAGUGUCACCAACAAACACAAUAAAUCAAGCUCUGCAUUUACGUAUCUCUGCUGCCAUUCUUUCAGACGAGAUGAGUUUUCUUCUCACUUCAUGAAUGUUCACUCAGAUAUCCAAACCAAUUUGAAUGGCUGGUUUGAGCAGAGGUGUCCUCUGGCCUACCUGGGCUGCACCUUCAUCCAGAGACGGUUCCAGCCUUCCACACACAGAGCCACUGUCUCCUAUGAUAAAGAUCUCAGCACAUUUACCAUUAGACCCGAAGUGUCGUCCAUUCUUUAUGAAGGUGUGAGGAUGGUAUCCACAGAGAGGAAGCGAGCGCGAAACCUGGAUGCUCUGAGCAAGCUGCCUUUUGAGGUUCUAGUAUACAUUGCUGGGUUUCUAGACAGCUUCACUCUGUCUCAGCUUGCUCUUGUAUCCCGCCUUAUGAGAGAAGUCUGUGGCACACUGCUGCAAGAAAGGGGCAUGGUCUCAUUGAAGUGGGAAAAGAAGGUCUAUUCUCAUGGAAGAUGGUGCUGGAGAAGUAGACAAAAGGUCUGGAGGUUCAGCAACUUGUUCUCGUCUGUGGAUAAGUGGUGCUUCGAUGAGUUUCCUCCAAUGUCUGAGCAUCUUAAGGUCUGCCCUUAUUAUGAGAUGGAGAACAGAACAGAACCUGUACGUCUAACUUCUGUCCAGGAAUGGCAUAAAACAGAAAAGAAAACUCAUAGUCUUGUUUCCAUGUUUUUAAAAAAUAAGUAGGAUUUGCAUUGCUCCUGUUUACUCAUAACUCCUGCUAUUAAACUCAUGAUGUAACAAUG